AUGGUUUCUCCCAUAGUGAAACAGAUGAUAUCUCUGUCCUCGCCAAGACACAGUGGGGAGGGCUCAGCACAAGAUGAAGGGGAGUGGCCCAGAAGGGGAGUGGUCCAGAAGGGGAGUGGCCCAGAAGGGGAGUGGUCCAUACGGGGAGUGGCCCAGAGGGGGAGUGGCCCAGAAGGGGAGUGGCCCAGAAGGGGAGUGGUCCAUACGGGGAGUGGCCCAGAGGGGGAGUGGCCCAGAAGGGGAGUGGCCCAGAGGGGGAGUGGCCCAGAAGGGGAGUGGCCCAUAAGGGGAGUGGCUUCCAGAAGGGGAGUGUGUUCCAGAAGGGAGUGCCCCAGAAGGGGAGUGCCCCAGAAGGGGAGUGCCCCAGAAGGGGAGUGCCCCAGAAGGGGAGUGCCCCAGAAGGGGAGUGCCCCAGAAGGAGUGCCCCAGAGGGGAGUGCCCCAGAAGGGAGUGCCCCAGAAGGGGAGUGCCCCAGAAGGGGAGUGUGUUCCAGAAGGGGAGUGCCCCAGAAGGGGAGUGGCCCAGAAGGGGAGUGCCCCAGAAGGGGAGUGCCCCAGAAGGGGAGUGUGUUCCAGAAGGGGAGUGCCCCAGAAGGGGAGUGCCCCAGAAGGGGAGUGCCCCAGAAGGGGAGUGCCCCAGAAGGGCAGUGCCCCAGAAGGGGAGUGCCCCAGAAGGGGAGUGCCCCAGAAGGGGAGUGCCCCAGAAGGGGAGUGUGUUCCAGAAGGGGAGUGCCCCAGAAGGGGAGUGCCCCAGAAGGGGAGUGCCCCAGAAGGGGAGUGCCCCAGAAGGGGAGUGCCCCAGAAGGGGAGUGGCCCAGAAGGGGAGUGCCCCAGAAGGGGAGUGCCCCAGAAGGGGAGUGCCCCAGAAGGGGAGUGCCCCAGAAGGGGAGUGUGUUCCAGAAGGGGAGUGCCCCAGAAGGGGAGUGGCUUCCAGAAGGGGAGUGUGUUCCAGAAGGGGAGUGCCCCAGAAGGGGAGUGCCCCAGAAGGGGAGUGCCCCAGAAGGGGAGUGCCCCAGAAGGGGAGUGCCCCAGAAGGGGAGUGCCCCAGAAGGGGAGUGCCCCAGAAGGGGAGUGCCCCAGAAGGGGAGUGCCCCAGAAGGGGAGUGCCCCAGAUACACAGUGCAGACGAUAG